CCACAGCUCACAUCGUAGCGAUAAGCAUCCACGAUGACCUCCCCUCCACUCAGACAAAGCUUCUCGGCCCAAGCGGACCACAGUGCUGUCAAGAAGAGGAUUGUAGUGUGUUGUGAUGGUACUUGGCAAGAUGGCAUUGUUAUGAAAGAACGCUGGAUGUACACCAACAUCUUGAAACUAUCCAGAGCCAUUGAACAUACCGAUCCUCGUGUGCAACCGCCUAUCCCGCAAGUUGUCUUUUAUCAGAGUGGUGUUGGAAGCGCUCAAAACCUGUACUCUGAGUACUACAUAGGUGCUACCGGUGCCUCCCUAGCCGAAAAGGUGCAAGAGGCGUACGCCUUCAUUUCGCAGAACUUCCACCCUGGUGAUGAGGUAUUCUUAUUCGGCUUCUCACGUGGUGCCUACACCGCUCGUAUGGUGGCUAUGUUUAUAGGCGCAAUCGGCAUUUUGGACCGUACAGACAUGGAUCACUUCGCUGAGAUUUUCGUCAACUACCAGAAGUUAGGGAAAGCGCAAGAUCCAGCAGAGAAGGCAGCUUUACAAACUAAGCUUGCCCGUUGGACCUCUCCAGAGUCCUCUGGCAAGAAGCGGGCCGAUGCAGAUCGCGACACCUUCUCUGUCAAGUGUGUGGGCGUCUUCGAUACCGUGGGGUCCGUUGGUCUUCCGGAGGAGAUCACCCGCAAGUCUCCUCCCGCAAAAUCGAUCUUUGGGUUUCCCAACACAGAGCUUGGAGAUCACAUCGAGCGUGCAUAUCAAGCGUUAGCCAUAAAUGAGACAAGGGAGGACUUUAACUGCGCCAAGUUCAAUCAAAGCGAGGCGGGACGCGUCAGAGGGCAGGUUCUUAAACAAGUCUGGUUUACUGGCUCUCACUCAGAUAUUGGCGGAGGCUGGCAAGAUCACGACCUUUCUGACCUGACUUUGACAUGGAUGGCGGCCAGUAUCGGAGACAUCUUGGCUUUGAACUUCAAGUAUCUUGCGAGUCUGCCUGAUCCAGUAGCACCUUGGGGCCAGCAGCCCCCGCACGACCCCAGAACCGGAAUCUUUGCCUUUUCCGAGGAGAUAAACAGGGAAUUACCCCAGCAUACGGACAACAAGACACAUGAAUACUUCCAUCCUUCCGUCAAAGAACAGGUACACCUCCGCCCAUCGCUUGCGGAGAUGAUAAAAAGUGGCACAGCACCGUUCUGUGAACUCCUGCCUUUGGAGCUCGAGGUGAAGCAAAAAUGGGCAUAUGUUCCCGACAAACACGACCAGAAGCAUUCGCAAGGCGAGAAACAAGUACAGUCAGCAUCUAGCUCUACAGCAGGACAUAUCUGGAGCACUGCGAAAAAUUUGGUCAGCUUGGGUAGUAUUCUGGGCCAGGAGGUUUUACAGGAGGUUCAAUAUAAGGUGUCUGGUGAGGACGGAGGACCGUCGUCGUCGUCUGUCCCGGGAUGGCUGUCGUCUGUGGCACACGAGUCCCACAUGGGGUCUGUUGUGAAAGAGUUAACCAAGGGCCAUUCCGAGUCGAAGUAAGCCACCGGAGGAGACUCUGAAGCUUGUGUUUAGUAUUAUCAAUUGGUUAUAUUUCAAUACCAGUGACUUUGUUACGUUCAGC